CUGGCAUAUUCCCUAAGUACCCAACGUUCUUCCAAAGACUUCACUACUGGACAUGGUGAACUCCAACUCACCGAAUGUUCCCCAGCUAAUCUUGGUUUUGCCAACACAUGUGAGAAGAUGCAGUACAAUGCAUGCAAAUGAGAUAUAGAAAGAGCCUUUUGGUAUAAAAGCAAGAGCCAUGGAGAAGAAAAACCACAUCCAGAGCCAAGAGAGUGGCAAAGCAGCCCUGAGACACAAGAGGCAACUAAAGCAACAUCCCAGCAAAUACACGGCAAGGGAAAAUGGUGAACGUAGGCGACAAAGUUCUCUUUGCUCUAGCCAUCUGGACGAUGACUACAGAGGCCUUUCCCAAAGGCACUGAGAGGACAAAAUGCCACCUUGCAAAAUACAAGUCCCUGCCACCUCGGGAACUGGAGGCCUUCAAGAAAGCCAAGGACAAAUUUGAGGACAUGAUGCUGUCGUCAGACCGAAAAUGCAACACCAGGAUUUUCCACCAGAACUGGGAAGUCAAAGAGCUGUCGGUGCACGAUAGAGUCAUCCUGGUAGAGAACGAGCUGGACUUUACCAUUAAUGUGCUGGAGAAUGUUGAGGACCCCAGUAUGUCCAAACUGCUCUCAAGGCCGCUAGAAAUCCUGACACAGAUCAGAGGGGACCUGAGGGACUGUACCAGACAAACUCAUUCUCAUCGACACUCCAGGAGGUUGAACAAUUGGCUCCAAAAUUUCCAUAAGAGCAAGGAGACGGAAACAACUGGCUGCCUGGAAGCAUCUGUGAUCCUCAAUCUCUUCCGACUGCUGAACGAAGACUUGAGAUGCGCUGCCUACAUGGAGCUGUGUCUGUAGCCAUCUGGUCUCUGCAGUGCCCGUGUCCACAUCUACUUAGAGACUGGAGAGUCCCUAGCCUGAGAGCACCGCAUACAUAUUGGGAGAAGUCGUGUGUGAACCAGGAACAUUCAUCUUCUCCCUCUGGCUGCUGAUCAUAGAUCCCCGAGCAAACGGAUUCCAUCCUUUUAUACCAAAGAAUUACACAACAGUUGGCCUCCAGGUUGCUCCAAUUUCCAGCUGGUGCAGCACUCUAGACUCCUUAGACUUCACAGGGAUUUGGUCCUCUGGGGAUAUUAUUUAUUGGAUGUAAUUGUAUUGGCCCUAUAUGAAAGCAUUUUCAAAGUCAAGGUAACAUAACCAAAAAUAUUGGAAACAUUUAAUAAGCUUUAAUUUUAAUAAAAAACACACUCCGUUCUAGGAUUUACACACUAGUCAUGGCUUCGGAUCUCUUAGAAACAACCUCAGGAAAUGCAUUAAUAUUGAACUUUGGAAGUUCUUACUGUACAGAUCCUCGACAGAUGUAUUUAUACAGAGUGUAUUUUUAUCUUCCUGCUGCUUUACGUAUUAUUACAAAACUGAGAAGAGUAAUUGAUCUCUAUGGCUUCCCGACUGGAACCAAAGCGUUAUUUAUUAUGGAUCAGCUAUUUAUUUUUAUGUAUUUAUCUAUUACUAAGAUGGUGCCUUUUUAUCUAUAAUUGUGAACAAAUACAAUUGUUUUCCCAGGCCUUGGCAUUCCUGUCUUUUAAUUUGUAAACAAGAAUAUUGGGUGCACUGGAGUAAUAAAACCCAGCUCCUAUAUAGUGCUGUGCAGUAGUAGAUCCCAAAGUGCUUUACAAAGGAAGUCAUUCUCAUUAUUCCUGAUUUCACAGAUGGGGAACUAAGGCACAGAGAGGCAAAGUGACUUGUCCAAGAUCACUCAGCAGGCCAGUGGCAGAGCCAAGAAUCCUGAGAGCUGAUCUUACACUGUAGCCACUAGGCCACACUGCCUCUCUUUUGCAUUGCGAAGCUGCUUGCUUUUGGCUCACCCUCACUGCAUUUCCAAACACGCAACUAAAAGGCCAAAGAGAGAUGUGACUCUUGUCUUUCUCCUUCCUUUUGGCAUUACCAUUAGAGCCAAACAAAUGUUCCCUGGGGAGCCCAGACUAAAUUCCUGUGACUGUCAAUUCCGUAAGAAGCAGCCUGGCCCAGGUCUCAGGCUUCUGGUUCUCAGUCUCCCUGGCCCAGAUCUCAGACAGGCCCUGAUCUCAGACUACCGCUUGGACUAGUGCCAAAAGUGCUUCCCAGGUUCUCCUUCCCCCAGGCCGUUGCUUCCCAGGUAAAUCACAAACAUGGAUAGUUAACCUGGAUGUUAUUGAGACUGCAAGGGAAGGCUCACUUCUGGGAACAGUCCCUUUCUGCCCAGUUGUGAGACCGCUGAAACCACUCUCCUCCUACCCUUCGCUGAUCAGUGAUGACUCGCAGAGUCACUCCUGAGGACGGGGGAAAAAAUGAAUGAAAAGGCUGCUCAGUGGAUCGUUACAAUAACACAGCAAACCCGGAAGCUGGGCAAUGCUAAGAUUAGAAACAGAACUCGCCUACUCUAGGCAGGGAAACCUUGCAUCAUUUGGUCAUG